UCCGGGCGCGCGAGGCAGAGAAGGGCUGCCGGGCCGGGACUGCUCAGCGGGCUUCAGCUCCCCAGACCCGGGACGGGGCGCCCACAGCCCGGCCCGGCUGAGACCCCCGGGGCGCUUAGAGGAGGAAGGGGAAGGUCCAGGCCCUGCUCCUUUGGGACGCCCCGGGCCGGCCCACACCCGUGCAGCGCCCGCCGUGUCCAAGCGCCGGGGCAGGUAGCAGGGCUCGGGCCUGCCCCCAAGUUGUAGUUGGCAGGAUUUCUGUAGUAUACCUAGUAUGAGUUCCACAUCUUGGCCUCUUAUCCAGCUUCAGCAGUCUCAUCUCCAUCAUCUGGAGAAUAAAUGAGAUUUGCAUGAGUUCCAAACUGAGCUGAAAUACGGACUGCAGUGCUAAUAUCCUUUUCUUCUGGUUGUUAUUAACAGCUCCUCAGAAAAUUAGAUGUCGUCAGAAGACCGAGAAGCUCAGGAGGAUGAAUUGCUGGCCCUGGCGAGUAUUUAUGAUGGAGAUGAAUUUAGAAAAGCAGAGUCUGUCCAAGGUGGAGAAACCAGGAUCUAUUUGGACUUACCACAAAAUUUCAAGAUAUUUGUGAGCGGCAAUUCAAAUGAGUGUCUCCAGAAUAGUGGCUUUGAAUACACCAUUUGCUUUCUGCCUCCACUUGUGCUGAACUUUGAACUGCCACCAGAUUAUCCAUCCUCCGCCCCACCUUCAUUCACACUUAGUGGCAAAUGGCUGUCACCAACUCAGCUGUCUGCUCUGUGCAAGCACUUAGACAACCUGUGGGAAGAACACCGCGGCAGCGUGGUCCUGUUUGCCUGGAUGCAGUUUCUUAAAGAAGAGACCUUAGCGUACCUGAAUAUUGUCUCUCCUUUUGAACUCAAGAUGGGUUCUCAGAAAAAAGUUCAGAGGAGGAUGGCUCAAGCGUCUUCCAACACAGAGCUAGAUUUUGGAGGAGCUGCUGGAUCUGAUGUAGACCAAGAGGAAGUUGUGGACGAGAGAGCCGUGCAGGAUGUGGAAUCGUUGUCCAGUCUGAUCCAGGAAAUCUUGGACUUCGAUCAGGCUCAACAGAUAAAAUGCUUUAAUAGUAAAUUGUUCCUGUGCAAUAUCUGCUUCUGUGAGAAGCUGGGUAGUGAUUGCAUGUACUUCUUGGAGUGCAGGCAUGUGUACUGCAAAGCCUGUCUCAAGGACUACUUUGAAAUCCAGAUCAGAGAUGGCCAAGUUCAGUGCCUCAACUGCCCAGAACCCAAGUGCCCUUCAGUGGCCACUCCUGGUCAGGUCAAAGAGCUAGUGGAAGCAGAGUUAUUUGCCCGUUAUGACCGCCUUCUCCUCCAGUCUACCUUGGACCUGAUGGCAGAUGUGGUGUACUGCCCCCGCCCAUCCUGCCAGCUGCCUGUGAUGCAGGAGCCUGGCUGCACAAUGGGCAUCUGUUCCAGCUGCAAUUUUGCCUUCUGUACUUUAUGCAGAUUGACCUACCAUGGGGUUUCUCCAUGUAAGGUGACUGCAGAGAAAUUAAUGGACUUACGAAAUGAGUACCUGCAAGCAGAUGAGGCCAAUAAAAGAUUUUUGGAACAGAGGUAUGGUAAGAGGGUGAUUCAGAAGGCACUGGAAGAGAUGGAAAGUAAGGAGUGGCUAGAAAAGAACUCAAAGAGCUGCCCAUGUUGUGGGACUCCCAUCGAGAAAUUAGAUGGAUGUAACAAGAUGACAUGUACCGGCUGUAUGCAAUAUUUCUGCUGGAUUUGCAUGGGUUCUCUAUCCAGAGCAAACCCUUAUAAACAUUUCACUGAUACUGCUUCCCCAUGUUUUAACCGGUUGUUCCAUGCUGUGGAUGUUAAUGGAGAUAUUUGGGAAGAUGAGGUUGAAGACUAGUUAACUUCUGCUGCUCAAGAUAUGGAAGUGGAGUGGUUUGCCCUAAUCUUUUGUCAAGUAUACAGAGUAACUUUGCAGGAUAUUUAGGGUACCAUUGAUUCCCUCUUCCUAUGUAGAAGAUAUGGGAGAACAAGGUUGAUAUUUUCAUGUGGUACUACUGAUUAAGGCACAUUCAGACAUUUUUCAUUGCAACAUGAUUGAGGAAAUAUUAAGCCAAAGGUUCCGAAAAUGAAAACUAGAAAAUAUUAGUAUUACAAUGUGCCCAAAGCUUUGAGUAGUUAAAAAUUAAAUAUUUAUUUUCUUCUCCAAGCUUUAGGUAAGGAGAGAGGGGUCAAGAGUUAAACUUAUAGUCCUUUUUAUCUCUUGAGAAGCAUCCCUCUAAGACAUUCUGUGGGAGCUCCCUCAGUAGUACUGCUUACAGCUGAGGUGGGUAGAAGCCUUAUUAAAAUUGUACCGAGAGCCUGA